AUGUCCAAGCGACAGGCCUCAGAGGCACUCGAAGACGUCGCCUCGCCAGCUUCCAAGAGAUCUCGAUUGGAUUUCGAUACACCUGAACCGGGUUCAGAAGAACUCAUCAAUGAGACGAAUACCAACGGAAACGCGCAAGAAGAUGAUGACGAUGAUGACUUCGACGACCAAGAGCCAGUCGCGGUAGCUCCAUUAAGACAGUCAGCCCCUACAGAAGGCUACGAUGACCUCUACCUCGACACCAUUGAUCGCAACGUGCUCGACUUCGACUUUGAGAAGCUUUGCUCCGUAUCCCUUUCCAAUAUCAACGUUUACGCAUGUCUAGUGUGUGGCAAGUACUUUCAAGGUCGCGGCCCCAAGUCGCACGCCUACUUCCACUCUCUCGACGAGGACCACCACGUCUAUAUCAAUCUUGAAACCCAGCGCGUCUAUGUUCUUCCCGAAGGAUACGAGGUCAAGAACCGCGCGCUCGACGACAUUAAAUAUGUGUCGGAUCCGCGAUACACCAAGAAAGAGGUCAUCGAGAUGGAUCGCACGCGACGCACGAGUCAAACUCUUGAUGGGAAGGAAUACAUCCCUGGAUUUGUUGGAAUGAAUAAUAUCAAGGAGAACGACUAUUUCAAUGUUGUUGUGCAGGCCUUGGCGCAUGUGGCUCCGUUACGCAACUACCUUCUUCUUGAGGACUUUUCGAAUAAGACGGAGCUCGUCAAGCGGGCCAGUAUUCUCGUGCGCAAGAUCUGGAACCCAAGGGCAUUCAAAGCCCAUGUCUCGCCUCACGAACUCCUCCAAGAGAUUUCCCUCCGCUCUAACAAACGUUUCAACCUCACCACACAAUCGGACCCUGUCGACUUCUUAUCCUGGUUUCUUAACAACCUCCAUCUCGGUCUCGGCGGAAGCAAGACUAAGCCAGGCAGCUCCAUGGUCCAGCGCACAUUCCAGGGCAAGAUGAAGAUCGAGUCGCAAGCCAUCACAGCUCGCGCCGACGCGACCGAUCGACUACGCUUCGAGGAUGCAGACGUCAAGGUCGACAUCGUGCGCUUCCUUCUUCUGACGCUUGACCUUCCUUCAACGCCGCUUUUCCAGGACGAGCUCGAGAAGAACAUUAUUCCCCAAGUCCCACUAACGACCAUUCUUACAAAAUACGACGGCCAGAAAGCCCAGGAACACCAUGCUCAGCGCAAGCGCUACAGACUUAUGCAUCCCCUCCCCCCCUAUCUUGCAUUCCAUGUGAAGCGCUUCUCACAGAACAAGUUCGUCUCUGAACGUAACCCCACAAUCGUUACGUUCGAUGCACGCAACCUUGAUAUGUCUCCCUACGUGGAGCCGAAUCCCAAGGAGUGGCCCCCAGGCGAGCCCAUUUGGUAUGAUCUCGUUGCAAACGUGAUCCACGAAGCUGUGCGUACACGUGAAGAUGUGGUUGACAGCGGCGAGGAGCGCAAGACAUGGAAGGUACAACUAAAAAACAAGGCCACGGGUGAAUGGGUUGUGUGCCAAGAUCUUUAUGUUGACAAGGUGCAGAGUGAGCUUCUGUAUCUUGGCGAAGCGUACCUCCAAAUCUGGGAGCGAAGGAGGGAGCCUGGGAAAGGCAAGGCCAAGGCCUCAUGA